AUGGACUUUGAACGGAUUGAUAUGGCCAGCCGUGGACCCUGGGGUAGUUUGAGGGUUCUUUCACGGAUGCGUGGCCUGCAAGUACUGCCCCUCCAACUCGGUGCCCUGUUAAUAGUACUUGCCAUCGGUCUCGAUCCAUUCUCACAGCAGCUUCUUCAAUUAGAGCAGAGACCCAGAUUCGUUGACGAACCUGCCUGGCAUGCCGACCCAGGCGCUGCGUUUACCACUCUGGCGAUGAGCUUCAACUGGGGCAAAGCACUCUAUGCGCACGAUUGGUCGCGAGCCGAAAAUUCAACCCGCAAUCCAGUUAUCAGGAUGAAGACGGAGCUGGAACUGUCCAUCCAAGCGGCGAUCCUGAAUGGAGACUCGCGCACCCGAAAUGUAGUCGAUCAACAGGGCACCGUGCAGGGUCCGACCGGAAUCUGCACCUGGGACCAGUUUCAGACUCUUGGUGUAUGCAACCGGUGUCAGAAUCUAACGCCAGACCUGAAAAGGAUUGAUAGUUUCGGGGAGGUAUACAAUGCCCUCUAUAAUGACGGCUCUGGAGACGUAUAUCAGAAGGGAAAUGGCACUGCCUUUACUUUACCUAAUGGCCACUUCCUUAUGAAUAUGAAUGACUGCUCACUCAGCGAUGGCACUUACAGCUACAUCAGCCCAACGAUCGGACAUGCGCCGCCGAAGCAAUUGACGAUGUCGGCUUUUGGGACUGGGGAUACGAACAAGACAAAUAGCAUGCAGGAUUUAUACCCUGAUAUGGUCCAUGAGCAUGAUCCACCUAGACAAGGCGAAUAUCAACAAUUCCUCCGAGCCAGACUAUGA